AUGCCGCUCUUCCGGCUGCUGUUGCCUCUGACUGCUGCGGGGCUCUGCUGGUUCCUCAUUUGCGCGCUCCACAGGCACAGCCUCCGCCAAGGUCACCUGUGGAUGGGCAGCUGUGAAAUCGUGACACUGGAGCGUGACGGCAGCCGGCCCAGACGGAGUGUUGCCCGCCAGACGGCUCGUUGCGCCUGCAUUGAGGGCCAGACGGCUGGCACCACUAGAGGACGGCCUGCCUGUGUGCGUGUCGACAUUGUGCUGAGUCGUCAGUGGUGUGAUAUGAGCCCCUGUUUGGAUGACGAGGGCUGCGACCUGCUCAUCAAUCAGUCGGGAUGGACCUGCACACAACCUGGGGGACGAGUCAAGACCACCACGGUGGCCGAGCGGCGAACAUAUGGCGACUUCACGGCGGACGACAGUUUGCUGCUACGACUCGCUUAUGUCAUCAAAGUGCACUGCACAUACUGA